AUGCCUAUUCAAGAAGCCGAAAAGUACCCAACCGAUAACCAAAGUUACAACGGUAGCUUCAAAGUUGAAGAAACUGUCAUUGAUGACUAUGUGGAAGAUGAUGCUCAAUCAACCACCAACGAAUUUGGACAUGGCAACGGUUCCUUCUUGACUGGUUACUUUAACGUUACUUGUGUUGUUGCUGGUACUGGUACUCUUGGCCUUCCUCAUGCUUUCGCCCUUGGAGGUUGGCUUGGCAUUCUGAUCAUGUUGUUAUCUUAUGUGAUGGCAUGCUACUCAGGUGUGGUCUUGAUCCGCUGCCUGUAUGCCAAGCCUGGACAUCGUCUGCACGAUUUUAAGGCUGUGGGCACUGCAGCCUUUGGAUGGCCAGGAUAUGUGGUGGCCUCUUUUCUUCAUUGGCUCAAUCUGUUUGGUUGUCCAGCUCUCUACUUGGUUCUUGCUAGUAGUAACUUGAACUAUUUGCUCCAAGGUACCAGCGGUGCUCUUGAUACUAAAGCCUGGAGUUGUAUCCUUGGUGCCAUUCUCUUGAUCCCCUCUUUGAUUGCAAAGACAUUAAAAGAAAUCACUAGUCUUUCUGCCGUUGGUGCUGUCUGUACCAUGAUUGCAGUCUUUAUUGUGUUGAUCGAGGCUCCCAUUGAGCGCAGCCAUGCUACUGAACCUGUUAUUACCGAUUCCGUGAUCUGGACAGGUUUCCCUUCAGCCCUUGCGACUAUUGCAUUCAGUUACGGUGGUAACAAUACUUACCCCCACGUCGAACAUGCUCUCAAGAAACCUCAUCAAUGGAAGUGGGCCAUCAUUGCUGGUCUGAGUACUUGUACUUGCUUGUACUUCUUGACCGCCAUCCCAGGUUAUUACUCUUAUGGCCGUGGUACUUUAUCUCCCAUCUACAACUCGCUGAACAAUGUUGUCGCCAAGAAGAUUUCUAUGAUUGUGAUGACGGUGCAUGUUAUCCUAGCUAUUCCUAUUUAUACUACUUCCUUUUCUCUUGAAUUCGAAAAGUUCACCAACUUUACUGAUGAAAGACUCGGCCGAUUCAAGGCUUGGUGUGCCCGUGCCAUUAUUCGUACUUGUACUAUGGGUGUCUUGGUUAUUUUGGCCAUCUUCAUUCCUUACUUUGAUGAUUUUAUGGGUCUUAUUGGUGCUCUUUCUAACUGUGGUCUUGUCUUCCUUUUACCCAUCUUGAGCUAUCUCAAAUUGACUGGUGUUCGCAACAAGCGUUGGUAUGAACUUGCUUUCUGUUCUUUGACUCUCUUCUUGGGUAUCAUUGGCUGUGUCUUUGGUACCAUUGAUGCCAUUAAGGCACUUAUCCAUGAUUUCACUACUCAUUAA